UGGGUCCUUUACAACAUGAAAAGAUAUCGACGCUUUCAUAUCAAAGGAAACAAUGGCAGAACAGAGGUCGGUAUCCCUACUAAUGGCAAUCUGUUUAUGCUUCUAUUUUGCACAAGGCAACCAAGCCUAUGAGGGGAAAUGGAAGUUACUAAAGAAGAGUAUAGGAAUAUCAGCAAUGCACAUGGCAUUGUUACCAAACAACAAAGUCAUCAUGUUUGAUCGAUCAAACUUUGGUCCAUCAAAUAUUAGUCUUCCGCAAAGGAAAUGCCAAAAGGGUAUACUUUUAUCCACCGAUUGCUACGCUCAUUCCGUGGAAUUCGACCCAUCAAACCGCAAUGUCCGACCGCUCACCAUACUCACUGACACAUGGUGUUCCUCGGGUGCUCUGUCGCAGGACGGAGUUUUGAUUCAGAGCGGUGGGAGUGGAGCCGGUGAGCGAGUUGUUCGAUAUUUCAAGCCUUGCGUUGAAUGCGAUUGGGCAGAGGAUCCAAACGGUCUUAACGUCCCUCGAUGGUACGCUUCCAACCAGAUCCUACCCAAUGGGAAAACCAUUGUCGUCGGUGGGAGAUUCCAAUUCUCUUACGAGUUCAUUCCCAAAACCUCCCCAUCCGAUCAGAUUUUGUACCAGCUUCCUUUUCUUCGAGAAACAAGGCACUCUGCCAUGAUACCCAACAAUUUUUACCCCUUCGUGCACCUUUCGCCGGAUGGAAAUCUUUUCAUUUUCGCAAACGACCGUGCAAUCCUGUUAGAUUACAUCAAAAAUAAAGUGAUCAGAAAGUUCCCCGUAAUGCCAGGUGGGGUUUCAAGGAACUACCCGAGCACCGGCUCAUCUGUACUACUUCCUCUGAAUCUCUCGGGAAAAAGCAACGCUGGUUUUCCGGAAGCCGAAGUUUUGGUCUGCGGUGGGACAUUGCCGGAUUCGAAUGCAAAAGCAGCGAUGGGAGUAUUCAUUCCAGCUUCCAAGAGCUGUGGUCGGUUGAGAUUCACGGCGGAGAAUCCUACAUGGGAAAUGGAGGAAAUGCCAAGGAAGAGAGUAAUGGGGGACAUGAUUCUGUUGCCAACAGGGGACGUGCUCAUCAUAAAUGGUGCGGCCAAAGGAACCGCCGGUUGGAAUAUGGCUAGCGAACCGGUUCUCCACCCUGUGGUUUAUAGACCUUGGAGAAACAAUGCCAAAGCAGACCGGUUUGACAUUUUGAGCCCCGCCGACAUCCCUCGCCUCUAUCACUCAACAGCUCAUUUGCUGUCAGACGGUAGAGUUUUGGUGGGCGGUAGCAACCCAAAUUGGAAUUACAACUUCUCCACAGUCCAUCCUACGGAACUGAGUGUCGAAGCGUUUUACCCUCCCUAUCUGAGUCCAACAAAAUCUCGGCCAUUGAUAAGUUGGAUAAAGCCAGGAGUGGAGCUUGGUUACAAGCAGAAAAUUAACGUGGGAUUCAAAUCGAAGAAGAGACCAGGGAAGGUCUACUUAACGAUGGUGAGCCCGUCGUUCACCACACAUUCAUUUGCCAUGAAUCAGAGGCUGUUAGUUUUGGAUGCGGGCCCAGUAGUGGAAAGUGAGAAUUCAGCUGGGUCAAACUUUGUUGUUGAAGGUUUUGCUCCGGCGACGCCAGAAUUGGCACCGGCGGGGUACUAUUUACUGUUUGUGGUGGGUGACGAUGUGCCCAGUAGAGGAACGUGGGUCCGCAUCAAGUAGGAGUUUUUGACUCGCGUAAUUAUGUCCUUGGUCUUCUAAGGUAAUUUCAGUCCCUAGUCUUCUUAGGUAUUCCCAAUUAAUUAUUAGAGAAUAAAUGUUUUUUUUUUUUUUUAUUAUCCUUUUUUUUUCUUUUUUUUUUUUGGGGUAAAUUUAUUAUUAUAAUCUUUGGUUGUUUAUAAUUAAGAAUGAAAAUUCCGAACUGUAUAAAGCGUUGAAAAGGCCUUAUAAUGUUCCAGCCCCAUGGCUUGUCCAAUUACAUAAAAAAGCAUGUACGUUCGAUCAAAAAUUAUUCCAAACAUUUCUUUUGGCA